AUGCCGUUCUUUGCGAAUCCAUUCAUGUCACCUUUCAUGCCGCAGCAAGGAGUUUCUGCAGACGGUUCCGUGGGAACUCCAGCUGGAGGAAAUCCAGCGAUGCCAGCAUUUUUCUUCUCUCCAGCUCAGUAUCAGGAAAUGAUGCAGCAGUAUUUCACUCAAAUGAUGACAGCUAAUCAAUACGGAAUGAAUAUGGCCUUCCCGAUGCCGUUUGGAACGACUUUAGUUCGACCUUGUAGCCAGGCUUCUCAGUCAGAUGGCGUUGGCGAGACUGUGAACGGUCUUCAUGAAAUGCAUUUGUCCAAUGCAGCAGAGAGGGAGGUGGUAAUCCCGUCUACAGUGGCCUGCCAAUCAGAUUCUCCAUCAUCAUCGGGUAAAAACUCGAUAGCAAGUGGAACAGAAAGAGGUACUUUAACCAUGAUUGUCUUUGUUUCUUCCAAGUUUUCUUGUUGA